CUGCUAUAUACCGUUACGUCACGUAUGGGACAUCAGGUUGAAGACGGCCAUGGGAUAUAUCAAAUUGUGAUUUCUAUACGGGGUUUGAACAAAAAAGAAAAAUGGAAUAGCUAGCUUCAGGAGUGCUGAUAGGUGGAUGAGGUUACCCCUGGACAGCUAAGGCAACUUUAGCUACAUUUUAACAAUACAAAUGUGAGGGUGGUAUCAAUGUUCUUAUUUAGCUAGCUGGCUAACAUAUUCCUAUAGGAAAAAUGUAGCCUCUUGAGGCGGUCGUUUUUGGUUUGCAGUAUAGGUUAUGUUGUUAUAUGUCUACUAUAAUCGCAGAUUAAUGCAAGGAUAUGAUUAUACAUUUAAAAUUAUUUUCCUGGAUGUUUAGGUACUAUACACGUUUUGAUAGCACAAACUAUCUGUAGCGCUCUAACACAAAUUGUCAGUUGGAUCCUUUUCAGGUUGUUGAUCCUAUUUAGAAUAUGAUGGGCUACACAUUUUGGUAUACAUACAUAACUCAAUAUUUCUAACCCAGUCAGGGACACAGUUGUUAAUUAGUCUAUUUUCACCAUUCAAUAAUGUAGCCAUUGUUUUAAUCAGUCGAUUAAUCAUGAAGUAUGUGAAAUAUUUUUUAAAAAUCCCUAAAAGUGAUGACUUCAGAUGGAUUGUUUUGUUCAACCAGAACUUGUGAAAUCUGCAAAUGCAAUUUACUGAAACGAUAGUUGAGAUCUUUUUUUAAAUCUCUAAUCUAAACUGGAUGAUGGCACCGUUUUGGGAACAGCAGCUGCCAAAACAGAUCGAGAUAAAACAGCGGCACGGCAGCAGAAAUUCCUGAUCAGGUCACAGAAUCUGCUGCAACAGCGGUUGUAAAUCUUCUGCAGUCAUGUUGUGCACUUCGCCAGGCACGUAGGCUGCGUGUGAAAUCCACAUUUUUUGGCCGUAUGCAAGAGAGGACAGCCUGUAACGGAACCAUCCAUGAAAGAGUUAGUGUCCUUCCAGGGGGGAAAGAUCCAGCCCACUCCAGUCCACCAGCCUCCUCCUCCUCCUCCUCCUCCUCCUCAGUGAGGGCUGUACAGCUGGCAAUUUACAGACCAUAACGCAGAAGUAGUAAUUGGCUGCUAAGUGAACCGCUGCCCAGCAAAGUAGACCCGUGUUUGAUAGAGCAGAUGAAUUAGCAGAACUACUGGAGUAUUUACUAAUGUUUUGUCUUAUGAAGUUCAGUUUGUGAGCUUCUGGAUCUGCAAGAUUGAAGAGUCAACUUGCCCCACUGGACCCAUAACCUCAUAUUGGAAACAUAAGCUGAAGGAAUGGAGCAGCCAAGAAACAGGCGACAGUUAGCAUUCAGCCUUGUGUUUGGGUUGUGGUUACCUUGCUGUUUGACCCAGACCCUCUCAUCAAACGCAGCCACUGCAACACCUAAACUGUCACCAUCCCCCCAGCCCCAGACAGAGCGGAUAAGGGUCAGACUGGUUGGAUUCCCCCGAAAACAUAACGAGGGCCGGAUAGAGCUUUUCUACAGGGGAGAGUGGGGAACCAUCUGUGAUGACGACUUCUCAAUAGCUAAUGCCAACGUGCUCUGCCGCCAGCUGGGCUUUGUCUCAGCCACAGGGUGGACCCACAGUGCUAAAUAUGGCAAAGGCCAAGGGAAAAUCUGGCUGGACAACGUGCUGUGUAAUGGAGGUGAAAAGAGCAUUGAAUUCUGCAAGUCUCGCGGGUGGGGCAACAGUGACUGCACUCACGAUGAGGACGCUGGAGUUGUGUGCAAAGACGAGAGGAUUCCCGGCUUUGUGGAGUCAAAUGUUAUUGAUGCCCACGUGGAUGAGAACAAAAUAGAGGAGGUGCGACUCCGGCCUGUGGUCGCUGCGGCCAAAAAGAAGCUGCCCAUCACAGAGGGUGUGUUGGAGGUGAAGUAUAAAGAUGGCUGGGCUCAGAUCUGUGACCUGGGAUGGACCGUCAAAAACACUCAUGUCGUAUGUGGUAUGCUGGGAUUCCCACACGAGAGGAAAGUCAUCAAGAGCUUCUACAAGCAAACAUCCAAAGCUAAAGCUAACUCUAAGUCUAAACAGAGCAGCCCUGGCAAAAGGUUGUAUUUGGAGCGUCAGAAGAAAUACUUCCACAUCCACUCUGUGGCAUGUACGGGUACGGAGGUCCACCUGGCAGCCUGCCCCCUGGAGUUCAGCAAGCCAAACACCACAUCGUCCUGUGAGGGUGGAAUGCCGGUCGUCGUCAGCUGCAUGCCAGGACCGCAGUUUAUGCAAAACAGUGGCUUGAAAAAGAAACUUAAAACUUCGAGCAACGUCAGGCUGAAGGGAGGUGCCAGGCUUGGUGAAGGUCGGGUGGAGGUGCUGAAAGAUAACAAGUGGGGAACAGUGUGCGAUGACCGCUGGGACCUGCAGUCAGCCAGCGUUGUCUGCAGGGAGCUCGGUUUUGGCAGCGCCAAAGAGGCUCUCACCGGAGCCCGUAUGGGGCAAGGGAUGGGUCCAGUAUACAUGAAUGAGGUGAAGUGUGUGGGUGAGGAGAAGUCCAUCUGGAACUGCCCCUAUAAAAAUGUCACAUCAGAGGACUGUCAACACAUGGAGGAUGCUGCGGUCCGCUGCAACGUGCCCUACAUGGGCCUCGAGAACAUGAUUCAACUCACAGGAGGACGGACCCGCUAUGAGGGCCGGGUGGAGGUACUGAGCUCAGACUCUAACGGGACGCAGAGAUGGGGUCUAAUCUGUGGAGAGAACUGGAGCACCAAGGAGGCCAUGGUGGCCUGCAGGCAGCUGGGCUUGGGCUACGCUAACCAGGGCCUGCAAAUCCGGCUAGUGGGCGGCCGAAGCAAUUAUGAGGGCCGAGUGGAGGUUCAGGUUGGGUCCAGGUGGGGCACAGUGUGCAGCACAGGCUGGACCACAAAGGAAGCCAUGGUGGUUUGCAGGCAGCUAGGGCUCGGCUACUCCAUGCACGCCAUCAAUGAAACCUGGUACUGGGACAGCAGUAAUGUGACGGAGAUGGUGAUGAGCGGUAUGAAGUGCACGGGAAAUGAGAUGGCACUGAGUCAGUGCCAACAUCACAAAACCGUCAGCUGCCAGAGAGCAGCGGCGAGGUUUGCAGCAGGGGUCAUCUGCUCAGAGACGGCUUCUGACCUCGUCCUGAACGCCUCUUUGGUCGAGCAGACAGUUUAUAUCGAGGAUCGUCCUCUACACAUGCUCUACUGCGCUGCUGAGGAGGACUGCCUGUCAAAAUCUGCGGCUAAGGCCAACUGGCCGUACGGACACCGACGCCUGCUCCGCUUUUCCUCCCAGAUCCACAAUAUUGGCCGCGCCGACUUCAAGCCAAAGGCUGGGCGACACUCAUGGGUCUGGCACGCCUGCCAUGGCCACUACCACAGCAUGGAUAUUUUCACCCACUAUGAUCUACUGAGCGCAAACGGUUCCAAAGUAGCAGAGGGGCACAAAGCCAGUUUCUGCCUGGAGGACACAGAUUGUCAAGAGGGUGUUUCUAAGAGGUAUGAGUGCGCCAACUUCGGUGAUCAGGGCAUCACUGUAGGCUGCUGGGAUUUGUACCGCCAUGAUAUCGACUGCCAGUGGAUUGACAUCACAGACGUCAGACCUGGAAACUACAUUAUGCAAGUUGUGAUCAAUCCAAAUUAUGAAGUGGCUGAGAGUGACUUCACCAACAAUGCCAUGAAAUGCAACUGCAAAUAUGAUGGACAUCGAAUCUGGUUCCAUAACUGCCACAUUGGGGAUGCGUUCAGUGAGGAGGCAGAGCGGAAGUUUGAGAAAUACCCUGGACAACUGAAUAACCAGAUUUCUUAACCAACAACAUGAGCGCCAAAUAGGGGUGAAUGAAUAAAAACACUCCUCGCUAGUUCAAAAGGCAUUACACAAAUCCUUUGUCUUCAGGUACCAAAAUGGAUUCUCCCACAUUAUCUCUGAUUAUUUGUAGUCAUGGAAGAAGCCGACAAUAUUUUCCUCUGGUGAAUGUGUUGUAUGCCUGAGUUGUUAUACUUGAAUAUUCAAGUGCUAUUCAGUUUUUUUUUCUCAGUCUGUGAGGUAAUUUUAUCACAAAAUAAGAUUUUAUUGUCACUCGUACAGUAUGCAUAUGACAAAUGUACCACCUUCUGUUGAUUUUGUUCCAAGUUCUAAAUGAGGUUUCUUUUUUUUUUUAAAUAACCAGAUUUAUUUUACUUGGACAAAGCAGGUUCAGAACUACCUGAAGCGUUAUCGUUCGAUAACACAUUUAAAAAAGUAAAAAGACAACAUCUGAGGCAGGAACAGAAACGCUUUGGGCUUAAUGGUAAAUUCAUACUGGGCAUUAAAUUUGCAAAUGUCUCUAAACCAAAUCACUGUGGAAUGAAGUCUGAGUGUAAAUGAGCACGUUGCUCAAGAGAAACAAUCUCGUUAGCUGACGUGGUCAAAUCACAACGAGCCUGCCUCCACAGCGACCACAUCUUGUGAAUGUAUUUAUUGCCAAUAUCAAGGUGCUCAAGAACAACACUAACUCGUUAGGAUUAUUGUCCGUUUGCUUUGGAACCAGUUUCUGUAGUUUAGCCUUGUGUAUUUUAAGUCGUUUAGAGUCAGGACAUAGAAAGGUUUGCUGUAUGUACGCUGAUGUAAUCACACACUGCACCAAAUAAAAAGGGAAGGAUUAUAUCUAAGAGAUCCUUUUGAUUAGAGACUGUAUUAGGUCACGUUCUAAAGAUCUAAAGUAGCAAGUCUACUUGUGACAGCAUGUGCCCACCACUUGUGACCAGCUCAAACAAAGACUAAUUUUCUUUCCUUGUUUUGUUGGAACGUUUUUCAAGUUCCUGAAACUUUCCAAAGGAAAAAUAAAAAGGAACUAUUCUACUGA